AGAGAUGAUGGAAUGGAGAAGGGGCAGGUACGGGAGUUUGAGCCACUCCUCCAGCAGAGCCCCGGUGCGCCCAUGUUCCAAUGGAAACAGGUGGGAUUCCUGAACUCUCCAAUCACACCCGCCCUAUGCUGUAGAGCAGGGUGGAGAGUGCAGAAGUCCACAACCGGAGGCAGGACUCAACCAACUUCUACGUUGCGAACAGGAAAAGUCGGGAAAACACAUCUUCCCCCGCAUGACGCCAUCUGACUUGGCCUGCAUGUGUCCGCAGAGCGUUUCCUGCAGUUCACCGGAGCGCUGCUGAAGUUCUCCCCGUCGUUCGGGCUGCUGUGUAGGCGGCGUCGGAGCGUCGCUGCGCUCGGGACGCCUCGCUGCUAUGAAGAACACCUACUGACCGGAUAUUCGGAUUGUUUUUCUUGGAUUUAUCCCUUUCCAGUCGGCCUGGCUAUUAUCCUGGUUACGUUCUCCUAUAGUGUGGAUAUAUAAACAGUUGGGAAAAUGCCUGGGAAAACCAAGUAUAACCUCGUUGAUGACGGACACGAUUUGAGGAUCCCGUUGCACAACGAGGAAGCAUUCCAGCAUGGGAUCAACUUCGAAGCAAAGUAUAUCGGCAGUCUGGAUGUGACUCGGCCGAGCAGCAGAGUGGAGAUUGUUGCUGCCAUGAGACGGAUCCGGUAUGAGUUCAAGGUGAAAAACAUCAAGAAGAAGAAAGUACACAUCGUUGUGUCAACAGACGGAGUCAAGGUUACCUUGAGAAAAAAGAAAAAAAAGAAAGAGUGGACCUGGGAUGAGAGCAAGUUGAUUGUAAUGCAGGAUCCAAUUUACAGAAUAUUCUACGUUUCUCAUGACUCGCAAGAUUUGAAGAUCUUCAGCUACAUUGCCAGAGAUGGUCAGAGCAAUGUUUUCCGCUGUAAUGUGUUCAAGUCCAAGAAAAAGAGUCAGGCCAUGCGCAUCGUCCGGACAGUUGGCCAGGCGUUUGAGGUUUGUCAUAAACUGAGUCUACAGCAUACACAGCAAAACGCAGAUGGAAAGGCGGACUGCAACGGUGAAAAAAAUGGUGGCGAUUCCUCUGCUCGGGAGGUAACAGGUGCAGAGAAGACUCCAGCGAGCGUCGCGGAGGAAACAGACAUUGAUGCCGAAGACGUGGUCCAGGUGCCGACGGCCGAGGACUUGAACCUCAACAGAGGAGUGACAGAUCUCGAUGCCACUGCCAAGACACCUGACUUAACCCAGUCAGAAAAUAAGGUUUUGGAGGAGCCUUCUCUUCUGAUGUCCAGUCCCAGGAUGCUGCUCCCAGCGUCGGGCACGCUGCCUCCCGGGGCUCCAUUGUCUGUCCACCACCAGCUCCAGCUGCUCCAGCAGCAGCUUCAGCAGCAGCAGCAGCAGACUCACGUCGCUGUAGCACAGGUCCAUCUUCUGAAGGACCAGCUAAGUGCCGAGGCCACUGCUCGGCUGGAGGCCCAGGCUCGAGUCCAUCAACUGCUGCUCCAGAACAAAGACCUGCUGCAGCACAUCUCCCUGCUGGUUAAACAAAUCCAAGAGCUUGAAACCAAGAUGGUUGGACCAAAUUCCAUGGGCUCUCAGGACAGUUUGUUGGAGAUCACUUUCCGAUCCACGGUACCUCCAGUGAUCUGUGACGCUACCACACCCAAAUCCGAGGUGUCAGACUUCAACCUCUCUGCACUUGGCACUGGUGACGGAACCAGCAACGCCUUUUCCUCUACCAACGGGACUCUGGGAAGCCCCCUAGUUGAUCAGAGUUUGUUUGAGAACUCCAUUGCCCAGAAGCAGAGCCCUCAGACCUCCAGAACAGGUCAGCACUCCACCCGAUCCCUCUCAGCAUCCAUUAAUUCCAAUUCUGGCUCCACCUUCAUCGACUCUCCAUCCUCUGGAGGACAGCAAAGGCUGAAAAAUGCCAUUAACCUGGGCAAGGCAGUUGGGGCAAAGGUUAACGACCUGCUGAGAAGAAAGGAGCCGAGCCACCUUGGAGACAUCGGCGUCACUGAGGUCAACAAGAAUGUUGGCGCAGUUUGGAGCUGCAUGGACAAACUUGGCCACAAUUCUGCCAGCAGCCACAUGUUUGACUCCUUUCCUCGUCUCAACCCACCGCCGCCAACAGGAAAGAAGCGCGUCCCUCGAGCUCUGAAGACGACCCAGGAUAUGAUGAUCUCCUCUGACCCUGUAGUCGCCUCACCAGAGCCGGCAGAUUCUCCCCCCUUCCUGCCCUCCCCUGAAGAAACAUCUCAGGGCCCCAACGAGGAGAGGAAGAGUAAGGAAAAGCUCCAAGGAGGGAGUGAGGAGCAGGAGGAGAGGUCGACAGAAAUCACAGAGCUGUCCGGUCUGGUGGAGAACAAAGCCGAUUCAGAGACAGAGGAGAUCAAAUCCACUACUGAUGAAGUCAAAGAUGGGGAGGAGGAAAAAGGGAGCCUAGAAGGAGGUGAGGAGGAUCAUCGACAGCAGCUUCAGCUUUCUGUGCCAGACCUCAUCAACAAGGAUCCUCCUUCGGAAUCCCAAGCCAAACCCUGCGACGUCUGGCAGAGGGCAUCCUCGCCAGACUCCCGGCUCUCCUCCUCUCCGAUUUUGGGCAAGGCUCCCUGCCGCAUCAGCCUGGGGGAGGAGGUCCUGCUUGGACACAGCGCCCCCUGCAGUAAAGACUCAGGAGGAGGCACUGAGGAGGCAGAGGCUCACCCAGACCUGCUAUCCUUUGAAUAACUCAAAGUUUUACUGUGGCUUUUAAAUGUAUCCGCCACCCUGCUUUAGUUUAGGACAAAGAGAAGAGAUGCUUUUCAGAAGCAAGGCAGGCUUGAAGACCUGCUGCUUUUCAAACUUUAUAUCAGCUUUUUAAACGGUUUCGUCACUGGUUUGAGGUCAGUCAGACUAAAUAAAUUAGAUAUUUUAUGCAUAAAAAUACACAGGAAAAGACUGGCUGUUUGCCAUCAUUUCUGGCUCAUGAUGCAAAAAUGAGCCAGAAAAAAUAGAGUAAAAAACAAGGGCCAUUAUUUUAUUGCAGUUUCAGUUUUUAAAAUAAAGUUAAAAAAACAAUGUUCAUAUUCCAUAAAAAAAAAAAAUUUGUAACUUUGACCUUUAAAAGUUUCCUGUCUGCUUUAACAAUGAAAUGACAACCUGAUUAUGUAUUAAUGAAUGUAUUUAGUGUGGUCACAUUACCUUUAGAUGGGUUAAAGAUUUAUAGAUAUGAACAAAACCUUGAAAUCCUUGAAAACCACACCAUUUUUGAUGCAUAAAAGGGUUUAUUUUUUAAGUGUGUUACUAAGCUGCUGCAUUAAAGCCAGUUAAAAACUGCAAAAAGUAUAUAUGUUAAAUAGAAAUAUAUAUUUUACAUUUCAGAAUUUUAACUACAUGGUAAAGAUUUUUAGUUUUUUUUUUUUUUCUUUUCUCAGUUGUUUAUAGCAGUCUGGAAAGCAUGCUCAGAAAAACAAAACAGGAAGUGAGAAUUAAAGGCUUAAAAGGAUGUGUUUGGGAUUGAACAGGUAGGGUGAAUAUCACUGUCACAGCACGUCUGCAACCUCCCGUUUCUAAAAAAAAAAAAAAAUCAUUCUGAAUCAAAGUUUUUUAACUCCACUUCAAGAUGAUUGAACUCUCCAAAAGAAGCUUUUUGUGUCAGUUCUGUGCUGAAGCUGGCUUUUCUCAAAGCUGAAUUUGAAUCAGUUCCAUAGAAAUCUCACUCGUCAUUUAAAAACAAUAUUAAAUCACCAAUGCCUUAAUCUGUAAAAUAUACAUCCUCUGAAAUAUAUGAAUAAGAUGACUAUUUUUAGGACUAAAACAAAUUUGACAUACUUGACCGUAUGAGCUAAAAUCCGCUGCUAUACUGUAACUAAAGGCCAAGGAGUGAGAAGAAUUGAAUUACCGGUCUGUGCAGCUCGGAUGUGCAAAGACAGGUUGUUCCACAUAUUAGCUGGAGCGACUAAACAUCUGUUCAGGCUAUAAAUCUGUUUUCUUCCUUCCACACCCAAUAAAUUAAUUAGCCGUUAAUACUUUGAUGCGAAACGGAUCAGUUUGGUGCGCCUCUCUCCAGAAACAAACGAUGAAAGGUUGUUUCUCUGCUCGGACCUGAAAUGUGCGUGACUUCAUAUUCCAUCACCCUACAGAUGGAGACGGGACUGAAAGACGUCUGAAUGAGUGUUUUUUAGAAAAGUGAUGAGGGGUUUCUGAGUUAAAGAGAGGGCAAGGUAAUGAGCUGUCAACAGGAAGGGAUGAAAGAGGUGUCUUUUUAUUCAAGCGAAUCCUAAACUGACAGACCAAAGACGGAAAUUAACAGCUCAGUCAGACAGGUUGUUUUAUCACUUUUCUUUACUUGUCAGAGGAGAAAAAAAAAAAGCAAUAAUAUGGAGGAGUAUUUUUUGUUGUUGUUGCUUAAAAAGAUGAAAGCCAAAGUGUGAACUUCUACCAUUUCUUUGUAGAUGAUGUCCAUGUCUUUAUUCUUCAAAAGACGGAUGCUGACUCAGGUGCUUGUUACACGUAAGCUGGCAUUGAGAGAAAUUAUUAAACCUUAAUUCACAGCUGUUUGUCAAAGCAGGUAGAUUGGAGUCUGGUUGCCGUGGUUACUUUAACACAAAUCAAGCACUAAGAAGAAGAAACCUGUAAUUUUCUAACCUUGUAUUCUGAAGAUGCUCUGCAGAUUUCUGCUUCUGGGUCUUGAGGCGUUUAACACCCUGGAUAUAUUUUUUGAGCAGAGAACUAAAGUGCAGAAUGCCAUGAAUUUCUCAGAAGAAGCUGAGACCAAAAGCAGCACCAGCUGAGAAUGAGAGGAAUGUGUAGCUCGUACUUACGAGGGAAAAAAAGCAAGCUUUGUCUGUUUUUUUUUUUUUUCUUGUUUUUUUCUGAAUGUGUCUGAGGCACUGAACUGUAACCAAGCAGCUGAGGCCUCCUCUACGGUUCUGAAUCAUGCUCCAAUUUUUUUUUAUUUAUUUAUUUUUUUUUUUUUCUGGCAAAUUACUCAGAGCUGCAGAUGUUUGAGUAGAAAGCACUCCAAAAAGAGAGAUAUUUUUAUACAUAUCUAAAAAAAAUUAGCUUUAAAGUUAUGGGGAACUGAAUCCUUGGAUAUGCAAAUACCAUAUCCAGGUUUCUGACCAUUGCUUGUAGGAAUGCACUACAUGCACAGGUCUUAAUAAGUACCUUAUUUUUUAUUGCAGAAUAAGACAAACUUUCUUGUAAUAUUUGAAGUAGUUUGGAUCUGUAGUUUCUAGGCUUCUGAAGGUUUUCCUAAAAAGCAAUUAUUUGAACUUUUACUUAUUUUUCAGUCAACAUUAGCCUAUUAACUAUGACCAAUAAAUGAUACAGACUUAAAAAGGUUGUUAAUGUCAAGCGAUAACCCAGCAGUGUGUUGACAGGGCUUUUUACCAGAGGCCUGCCAUAAAUACAAAGUUGCUUCCUGUCAUUUAACUGAAUUUAAAACUUUGAUGCAUUUUGGUUGUCAUGGAUCUAUUUUUUUUUUCCCCCCAAUAAUUUUUUGUCUUCAACUUCUCCCUCUUCCGCUUUGGAUUAUACAUGACACCAACAGCUAAGAUAUCUUCAAUUUGAGUGAUUUUGCAGGAUCUCUUUGCGGUAACAUCCAGUCAGUAUUUCCUCCUUACAGUGAGUCUGUCUACUUAGUCAUAUCUAUUUUAGCUAUGUGGAAAAACCUCAUUGUGGGGAAUAGCUAUCCAGUUAAAUCUGGUUUGCAUCACAAGCUCCAUCCUGAAGGUUAAGGGAAGCAUAAGUCAUUAAGGGUUUCUGUGCACCGUUGAUAUUCAUGGAAUUUACUCUUAGCAUGUUUAGAAUCUGCAUAUAGAAAAUAUAAAUGAGUAUGGAGAUGCAUCUUUCCAUAAUUGGAUAUGUUUUUUAUUUGUAAUAAAUCUGUGAAUGGUAAUAAGGGCUGCAAAUUUCAAUAUCAUGAAGUGACUAUUUCAUUAUUUUGACAUAUGAAAGUAUUUUUUAAUAAUAAUUGUCAUUCAGUAUUUAGUAGUGCAUCAGUCUAGGAUCAGGUUUUUCCCAUCCUAAGCCAGUAGACUGCAUCACUUUAAUUAGAAUUUUAGCCUUUAUAUUUCAAGAUCAACAGUGAUCAUAACAAAACCAGUUUGAGGUUUAAUUUUCUUCAAAUAAAUUGAUGAAAUUAUAAUCUCAAGAAACUAAAGCCAUGCUUUCUUGAGAUAACAGAAAUAAAUUGUUGUGAUAUGUCAAACUAAGAUUUUGUCAUUUUAAUAUGAAUUAAUUUCAUGACAAAAGGUCUAUCAAAAAAACAAGUUUAAAUCUAUAGGACGAUUUAGAUUUUCAUAAUUUCAAGAAACUGAUAGGUAAUCAAAGUAAGUUCAUAACAUUCCGUCUUAAGUUAUUGACUGAAAGCACAUUUAAUUUCCAUCACGCACAUUUAGUUACAAGAAAGUUUGUAAGCAAUAUGUUGAAAAAUAAGCCAAGGUUAGUUAAUUUUACAAAUAACAGCUGGAUAAUGUAUAUAAUGGGCAGAUGUACAAGAAGAGAGCAUCAAUAAAACCUAAAAACUAGAAAUCUAUAGUGUUUGUGAAUUCUCUGAAUAAAAACUAGAGAGAGAGCCCUAAGCCUGAUUUUAGUGAGAACUUAUUUUUUUUU